AUGAUGGCGGCGUCCUUGAGCUUCCCAAGUGCGUCUUCAGAGCAGUCUAAAGCCUCUCAAUCAACAUAUGAGACGAAUCAGGACCUCAACAAUGCAGUAGACGAUGAGUUUGGGUCUUUUACCGCAGCGGAGCAACUCUCGGAUCCUUUUGGUGACGUUUACGGAGCUGAAGCGGAGUUUGGAGAGUUUGUAGGCGGUUUUAAUGGUCAUAAACAUGAACAGGAGACUUCUGGUUUUUCUGUAGCCAUGGAAAGCUCAUUGUUAGUGUCAUUGUCGCCUCUGAUGACUCCAUUGACGACAACAGCGGUUCCAACGCUUUUACCGACGACUUGUGAUGAAAUUGAUCCAUUUGCUGGUAUUACAGGGAUCCAUGAGACAAUUUCAGGUUGUCAAGAGGAAGAAGAGAAGAUGACGGAAGUAACUAAAGCUAUUGAAGGAGAUGUAGUGGAUGGGAAAGUCACUGCAGCUUCGUCUUUAAAGUCUUCGGCAACGUCAGCAAUUUUGGACUUGGUAUGGGGAAAAACAAGUCCAGGGAAGGAUGUGAACUCGAUGUCAACGUUACUGAUGUCUAUAGAAAGUGGAAGGAGCAGGACAGCGUCAAAUUCAAGUGGAUUUGCGCUGCCUUAUUCGACUUCAACACCGUUCGCGACGUUCCCGUCGACGGCAAUUAAAACUUCAGAGACUUCAACGGAUUUGCUGUCGUUUUCACCUGUUCAGGCUUCGGUACCGACUGAUCCGUUUGAUGAAAUUGAUUGCGACAAAAAUCCGACGAGCGUUGCAGCACCGGUAUAUGAGAACGAUGAGCUGUUCACGAUGACGGCAAUGGCUCCGCUGUCUUCAGCAUCUUCUUCGGCGCCAACGUCACCGCGCAAAUUGUUUGUGUCAUUGCAUGAUGAUGUAACGAAUCCAAGACUUGUCCCUUUUGCCCACGAUUCUGUGGAAAUCAAGGCAUUACCUCGUGAUCCGUUCGCAAAACGCACGACUCGACCCUUUGACCCAUUGAGCUUAUCAUUUGUAGGUGCGGGGGGCGAUGGAAAACAUAGCUGGUCAAAGUGGAUUGCAUGCGUCAUUCAGCACAUUUCCUAG